GAAAAAUUACUCAUUUUUCUCAGCUUUUGUUCACUUAUUUCCCACAAAACAUACUUCAAAGACUUACAUCAACAACAAAUCUUUUGGAGAUAAUCUUAUUAAUUCAUAGAUUGACGAAAAUGGCAUUGGGGAAGAAAAGAAUCGUAACCCAGAAAUCGAAUUUGAAGAAUCGUCGAGAUGUGGGUGAUUUAGGGUUAGGGUUAGAGUUCGUACAGUACAAGAGAGGAUUUGGGAGGAAGAGGAUUCUGAUAUCGUCUAGUGAUGAGAUUGAGGAUUCGGUUUUAGCUUCACCUGUUGGGAGAAGCUCGUCGAAGAAGCUCUGUGAUAAAGUUUCUUCUUUGGUUGGAGAUUGUCAAAGUCGAGAACUUGAAGAUCUUCCACAAGAUAUUUUGGUGAGGAUUAUCUGUGGAGUUGAGCAUGAAGACUUGAAACAAUUGUGUCAUGUUUCCAAGACAAUGAAAGAAGCUACAUUGAUCGCAAAGCAGUUACAUUUUGCGUAUAGUACACCUAGGAAAACCUCGAGUUUCCACCAUGGAAGAUUCGGUUGGGACAAACCGUUUGAUGCAGAGAAUGAUGAUGAAGAGAUUGAAGCUCCAGGAGCUCCACUGCAGAAAAGGUACCGCCUUUCGCGGGUAAACCAUGACAAGGACGAUUCUGGAGUCUCAGUUGCUCUGUUCAACUGAUUCAAACAACUUGGUUUGAGGCAGCUAAUACUAUCAACUUGGUUUCUUCAAGAUCCUUAAUUGAAGAAGAGGGUUCUAAGUUAUGUUUAUUCGUUUUUUUGGUGUGGAUAGGUCUCUGUAAAUUGUUGUUAGAUACAAAAACAAAGAUAGGGUUUUUGGAAAGGCUAGCUUGUUUAGAAAAAGGUCACAAACAAACUCUUUUGGAGGGUUCUAAAUCUUUUUGUAUGUUGUGCAGUGUGAAUAUAGUUUUAUUUGGUCUUUUACAAAGUGAAUCAAUAAUAAGAGAUGGAUAUUAAUUUCAUU